CCAUUUCUUAUCGGUUAAACCGAUAACUGAAUUAUUAAGCUCCUCUAACCGAUUACCCGAUGACCAAUAGUGAAUAUCUUAUUAGUUAUGUUAUCACUUUAGCAUAUUUAUACACCAAUAAUUGAUAAACAGAAUCAUAACAUACAAAAUCGAACCGAACCGACCGGUAUGUAAUUCUAGUUGGGAACCAUAAGUUUUAAAUUUUAGAUCCGCCUCUAAAUAGGCAUUUCCAUGUAUCGCGUGGUCUGUAUGAAGCACAAGGAUGGGGCGGCGAGCAGCAGUACGCUUAUCAGCAUUAUUACACCCAUCAAUUUUACAGUGCAGAUCCCAGUUCCAGUCCAAAUUCAUAUGGCUUGGGGUAUGACUAUGCUGCUGCGACUGCUCCUGUACACAGAGAAGAGCAUCCAAUGACGACGACAUGGUUCGAGAAGCUGGAAAGCAGUCAAAAUAAAUCCAACACGCAGUAACAAGAGGCUCGGGAAAUGAACAUGAGGCUACAAAUCAUCAUCGACCAGAUGGGUCUCACUAUGAAACAUGAGGAAUCACCUCUUCGAUCUUACACUUCAGUACCUAAGGGAGCUCAAAAUCAGCAGGAACCUGGAUGGGCUUCAGUUAGCAAGUCAGGUUCUGAGUAUUCAGAUGCUUGUGAUGAAAGUGUACUUACGGGAACUGAAAGCACAGAGGCUGCAGACAAGGUGUUUGAUAAGUUCUCAAAGAAAAACUCAGAAAAUGCGACUGGGUUUAACAACUGAACAAUCGGAGAACACGGUAAAUUCUGCUAUCUCUGUUAAUUACACCAGCGAACUUAAUGUUCCCUCCUUGCUAGAUUCACUGGGUCCUAUUUUCCCUAAUUUUGAUGAUGGAACGCCAUUCGAAAACAAUGUUGUAGAAGCUCACGAAACGUCCGCUAGCGAAUAUGAAAUGCUUGCCAAAUUCUCCAAAUGUAUGGAAUUAAUGUGACUUAUUUGCAAUGGGAUGACAGUGGAGGAGAUGAGCCUCUAUUGAAGAUAGCCAUGAGAAUAAGUCUGAAAUUAAUGAGGUCCAAAUGUUCGGGAAAAGUCCUAAAAAGGAUAAAGCUGAAAUGGAAAAUGAUAAGCAGUCACUGUUGGAUGGAGGGGCAUCAUCUAAAGUUGAAGAUGACGAUGCUAAAACUCCGCAACACAGUGGAUGCCAGGUGCUCGAUAAAUGUCUUCCAAGUGAUGAAACUAUUUUUCCAGUUGUUAUACCGGUAUUGGCUGCUGAAAAUUUUGAGGAAUACCAAUGCAAACUCAAGGAAGAGAUUUCUAGGAUAGCUAAACCUGGAAUGUUCAAGCAGGAAGGGAAAAAGAGUAUCAAAGUUUUCACUCACUCCUUGGAUGAGAUUGUUGUAGCUGAAGAGCCAAAGCCUGUGGAUAUCAAUGUUGGUGAGGGAAGUGAUGGAAAACUAGAUGCAGGUGUUUGGUGCAGUUUUGCCUACAUGUAUGUAAAGGGUGUGAUGGAUGGAUCUAGGGAUGAAUUGAGAAAGUUUUUUGAUAUGAUUUGGUGUUCAGUGCAUCAAUCUUUGUUCACCAGUAGCUUCAUUGAUUGUUCCUAUGCUCUUGGCAUUCAGUCGACUACUGAAUUUCUAAUAGUGUUUUUAAUCUUGGAUCUUUUGUGUCCAUUAGCUACUUCAAACUUGAGAUCACGCAACUUAUAGUAGAAAAGGUUAUACAUGUAGUUUCUAAUAGAUCAUCUAAAAUGGAAAGUGAUACGGAGAACUGGGAACAUUUGACACAAAAUGACAGGAAGCCAUUUAGAACUGCAGCAGUUGGGAUCUCAAGUAUUCCUCCUGGAUGUAUACUUGUUUGUGCUAAAAGAAACUAUUGGAUCGACACCAUUCUCGAUGUCAGAGGAGCUUGUGGAUAUGGUUGACAUCACGUACUUGCUGUUUGAAUGUUCAAAAUCAAAAGGGAAGAGUAAUCUGGAGUCGCUCGAAAUACUAGAGGCCGAUGUCGAAGAAGAAAUUUCUAGUGUCAAUAUUGUUGAAAUGAGUAUUACUGUCGUGAUAAAAAAUCUCACUCGGAAUUGCUUUGGUGCAGUGUUGAAGCCAACAGGGGCUAUUCAUGUGGCCAGGUUGCUAAGAAUUUAUCUCUUUUGUGUUGUCCGAAUGAUAGUGAAGCUUGUGAUCAUUGGGCCGAAAAUGUUGUUGGCCUUGCCCUUGUUGCUUUCUUCCUUCAGUGUGUCCUCCUUAAAGUUGAAAUCUGGAAGUGCAACUCAAGCGUGCUUACUGGAAGGUGAAGUUGCAUGUGCUAAAGCUAGUUAUGGAACAUUUGCACCACCGGUGAUGAGGAAACUGGUUCCUUCUCAAGGAAAGUUGCAGCAUUCUUGCAUAGCCUUUUGAGGUUUCUAAGCUAUGCAACACUCGAUAAUUGUCAAGAAGGAUUCCUGGAGCAUUACAGCAAAGUGUCACUGGCCUCGUCCAUUUCAAACUUCAUAUUGUCAACCUUGAGUGGAUUGUCACAAAAUCAGUUGUGAUAGUUAAUUUAUAAGUUUUCUAGAAUAAAAGUUUAGUCCUUCUAGGUUUAAAUUGUAUUUUGCUUAUUGUCACUUUAGUCCUAGUACUAUUUCUAGUUUCUUUGCAUAUUUAAUCCUUAUUUCUGUUAUGGGAAAGGACACGUGUAUUUUGGGGAAUUAGCUAGAUUUGGGUAUUAUAUACUUUUGUACUGGAUUAAGCUCAUCAUCAAUUAAAAGAAAUAUUUGCUUUC